UGGAAAUCCAUCUUAACGCUGUAGAUAAAGAAACUGUGUAGCAACUAGCAUCCCAAUUUGUUUGAACUAUUUCAUUAGGGUAAGCUGAAAUGUCUGCCUCAAUCAUGAUUACUCGCCUUAGUUGGCACGUUCUCUCACGUCUUUAGAAUGAUUCUCUCAUACAAACUUUGGGAACAUGGGAUUGGGAACUAAUGAUAUCGGAUGUCCUUAAGCCUUAGUUAUACAAUAUUUAAUUUAUUCGGGGUGGGGGGGGGGUGGGGGAAAGAGAGAACUGUCAGAACAAAAUAAUAAUUAAUAAUAACAUGUAAUUAUUUUGUAAUAAUAUUAAGUAUUGACAGAAUGCUGUAAAAAAUUAAUAAAUAUUCUCUAAAAUUUAAGACCUCUUUAGGGUUGAGAAUCGAUUAUAAUUAUAUCGUGCUGGUUCACCUGUUUGUUCGCUAUCUUAAUUUACCCUAAUUUUCAUGGUCAUAGGUUUUUGUAAUCUACAAUAAUAUUUCACAGAACAGAUUUCUUAAGUUUAUUUUCGUUUCUUUCUAUGCGUUCUCAAAGCGUCAAAAGUUUGCUUUUUUAUUUACCUAAAAAAACUCUGGCGUAUUUACACGAAACAAAAGCUAAUCAUCAAAUUGAUAAGAUGCGUCCACAACUUUCCGCUACCUUGGUUGCAUGUCAACAAAUUCUAAUACCUAGGUUUCAUGUAAACAAUUCUACUACCCUGUUUUCAUGUCAACAAAUUCUAAUUCCUUGGUUUCAUGUCAAAAAAUUGUACUACCUUGGUUUCAUGUCAACAAAUUCUAAUACCUUGGUUUCAUGUCAACAACUUCUAAUACCUUGGUUUCAUGUCAACAAAUUCUAAUACCUUGGUUUCAUGUCAACAAAUUCUAAUACCUUGGUUUCAUGUCAACAAUUCUACUACCUUAGUGUCAUGUCAACAAAGUCUAAUACCUAGGUUUCACGUAAACAAUUCUACAACCCUGUUUUCAUGUCAACAAACUCUACUGCUCCACAAACUAUAGUAACCGCGCUUUCAAUCAGCUAAUCACAUAAACACAGGGCGCCGCGGCCAUAGUGAAUAUUGAAAUACCCGUAGAUUAUUGAAGUUGAAAUGUGAAUCUCGGGUCCUGGGUCGAAAAACGGUAUCCAAAACUUUUCGUACAAUCGCUUUUCAUACCAUGAGUUUUCAUACCAUUAAAGUCGCAUUCUUAAUUUGAAUACCAACACUGAGGUUGGGACCAACCGACAGGACGUGGAAAUUAAUUUAUUCAUACCGAAGGGGGCGCCGAACGGGUGCUUCGCACAGGGCAAAUGUUUACCUUAGGCCGGCGUUGCAUAAACACAUCAUUUAUUUAAGUAUUUUCGUUUUUUGGGGGGUUUUUUUGGUGCUUCUUUAAAAUGACAAAAGCUUUUGGAGUCUUGAUAAAAGAAUUAAAACUACCAACUAUUUCCUUUGGGACACAGUGAACCUCCCAAGGGGGCAUAUUGAAGCCGACAAGUAAACCUUCUCAUGAUGGAAGCAUUAUUAGGUGACCCGAAGAAGACGUUCAACAACCCGGACAAGCUCUACCCGCCCCGCCUAAACUCCACCAGCAGGAUCCACUCGUCCUUGUCGUCGGGCAUGAGCCAGGCGCUGAGCGAGCCCCAGUCCUCGGUCAAGCCCGCGCAGCUGGCGUGCAGGGUCAGGGACGCCGGCCGGGACUUUCUCGAGCACAACCAGACGUGCCAGUGGAUUCAGUUCAUGACCGAGGACUGCCCCGAGGCGGCGCCCGAGAGGAAAGACCGUCGCCAGCGGUGCAUGGUCACCCGGAAGCACAGCCUGCUGAAGAACAACGACAUCUUCCCCAAGGACGUGGAGGUGCCGCUACCGGCCGCAAACCUGCACUGGCGGGGUGAGAGCGAGGAGAGGAGCGGCGCCGCCAAGGCAGCCGUUACCGGCGAUGUUCUCGAAAAGGAUGAAGACGGUCAGGCCCCGCUCGCCAAGGACGACAUGAUGCUGGACGAGCAGUACGUGAUCCUGAAGAAGCACCAGGAGGAUCUCACCAACCAGCAGCGCAUCGUCCAGGAGCAGAUGGACCACAGGGUGGCCGAGCAGAAGGAUCACCAGAGACAGCGCCUGAACAAAGAACUCACGAUCCAAGAGCAGCCGCAAGAAAACAUUCAGUUAGCGGACCGGCCCCCGAUGGAUCAGAGGGAGACUGACAUUGCGAAGGAGAUCAAAAGGCGGACAGCCAUCGCACCAUUGAUUAGGCGUAGACUAAAGGUGAGCGUAGAUUCCCACCGCCCCAUUAUGUAGGCGUAGAUGCAAGCUCUAGGCAACCACCGUCUGAGUGUGUAGACGAAACUAUAGAUCUAAGCUAUAGACAAUAACCGCCCCAUUAUGUAGACGAAGACUAGAUGUAGGUGUAAGCUGUUGGCAACCACCACCCCUAUUAUGUAAGAGAAGACUGGAUGUAAGCCAUAGGCAACCACCAGCCCCAUUAUGUAAGGAAGACUAGAUGUAAGCUAUAGGCAACCACCACCCCCAUUAUGUAAGAGAAGACUGGAUGUAAGCUAUAGGCAACCACCAGCCCCAUUAUGUAAGGAAGACUAGAUGUAAGCUAUAGGCAACCACCACCCCCAUUAUGUAAGAGAAGACUGGAUGUAAGCUAUAGGAAUAGACUAAACGUAAGAGUGAAUAUCAUCCGCUGAAAUACUAGUAGAUGUUAUAAUUUUUCAAGCAAACUUUUAUUCGAAUGACAUGUUUCCAGUUUUGUACAAUUUUUAUGACGUUUUGUAACCACGUCAUUCUCAAUUUCGAUGAUAAAAAAAAAAAAAAAAACUUUCUGAUUUGAGAUGUGGAAAUAGUAAAAUAAUAUUUUAUUUCAUUUUGAAGCUGCAUAUACCAAUACUCCCAAGUAGAAGUGGGAAUCGAGCCCUCUAUUAGAAGUUAGGAGUUUGGGUUCGGUUGGGUCACAGCUUUUAAGUUCGGGUUCGGUUCCCUUCACCGACUUACAAGCCCCCCUCAUCCUCUCAGUGACUCUUUCCAGGGGACCCUGGCCAACUCCUGCGCCAUAAGGGAUGAGGGCUCCGUCGGCGGACUCAUCUGGCAUCUGGACGGUGCGGGAUCAGAGCCCAGACCAGCCAGGUGCGCCUCCACUUCUUCACAGUCCCCACGUAAGUACAGUGCGUCUGUGUGUCCAUCCACUGCCUCACAAUCCCCACGUUAGUACACCCCACGUUAGUACAGUGUGUCCAUCCACUGCCUCACAAUCCCCACGUUAGCACAGUGUUUCAGUGUGUCCAUCCACUGCCUCACAAUCCCCACGUUAGCACAGUGUUUCAGUGUGUCCAUCCACUGCCUCACAAUCCCCACGUUAGCACAGUGUGUCAGUGUGUCCAUCCACUGCCUCACUGUUUCAGUAUGUCCAUCCACUGCCUCACUGUCUCCACAUAAGUAUGUACAGUGUCCACGUAAUUACAUAGCAUUCGAAAGAGAUAAUGUGACGAGGUUUAAAAAAAAAAAAACAAUCAUGAAAAUAAAAAUAGAUCUGUAUUUCAAACACACAAAAAGACACUGAUUGAUUUUUUGGGUGUCACUGACAAAGCUGUGUAAAUUAGCUUUCCGCCCGAGGGAGGGGGGGGGGCAGCGUCUGGACUCCGGAAUCUGCUACAGCGAUUGACAAAAUAAAGUUGACAAGAAGUAGUGACAGUAGUAGUGACAGUAGUAGUGACAUUAGUAGUGACAGUAGUAGUGACACUGCUAAUGACAGUAAUUAUGACAGUAGUAGUGACAUUACUAGUGACAGUAGUAGUGACAUUAGCAGUCACAGUACUAGUGACAGUAGUAGCAACCGUAGUAGUGACAGUAGUAGCAACCGUAGUAGCAACCGUAGUAGUGACAGUAGUAGUGACAGUAGUAGUGACACUGCUAAUGACAGUAAUUAUGACAGUAGUAGUGACAUUACUAGUGACAGUAGUAGUGACAUUAGCAGUCACAGUACUAGUGACAGUAGUAGCAACCGUAGUAGUGACAGUAGUAGCAACCGUAGUAGUGACAGUAGUAGUGACCGUAGUAGUGAUAGUAGUAGUGACAGUAGUAGUGACAGUAGUAUUGACAGUAGUAGUGACAGUAGUAGUGACAGUAGUAGUGACAAUUGUGGUGACACUGCUAAUGACAGUAAUUGUGACAGUAGUAGUGACAUUAUCAGUCAAAGUACUAGUGACAGUAGUAGCAACCGUAGUAGUGACAGUAGUAGUGACAGAAUUAGUGACAGAUGUAAAGACAGUAAUAGUGACCGUAAUAGUGACAGGUGAAAUGACAGUAAUAGUGACAGAAUUAGUGACAGAUGUAAUGACAGUAGUAGUGACAGGUGAAAUGACAGUAAUAGUGACAGUAGUAGUGACAGGUGAAAUGACAGUAUUAGUGACAGUAAUAGUGACAGGUGUAAUGACAGUAAUAGUGACAGUAGUGCUUGGAGUAUUCCUAACUUACCGACCACUUUGACAACCUUCCUCCCAAACUUGCAUACAACCCUACCACAACCCACGUGCUGUUUCUCCACACAAAAGUAUAUACAGAAAACACGUAAACCUUUGUAUAGGCCUAUAUGAUGAAGUGAAAAAUAAAGAAAUAUCACAACAAAAAAAUUAGUUUGAAAAAAAAAAAAUUUAACCCGAAAUUAAUUUGCAUUCGAAAACAUUCUGUAAUUGGGUGCGAAAUUCACAUAUUUUGUGUCUUUGUGUGAGCAUGAGUGUAAGUGUGAGUAAGCGACUGUAAGUGUGUGUGAUUGUGUGCGUGAGAGAAUGUAAGUGUGUGCGUUUGUGUGAGUGUGUGCGCAUCGUCGCUAUUCGGGCCCGGGUCCCUUUAGACUCUAUGCUAUUUGGAUGUCAUUUGUGGUAGUUUAUUUUAGUUAAACGGAAGAAUUAAGUUUACAAACAUAUAUUCCAUUCAAUUAUCAUUUGAUACCAAAUUUUGUCUAACAACCUAACAGUAGUAUUUUUUUAAAUUUUAAUUCCAACCUCUAGCUUCUCGGACCCGGGUCCAAAUAGCCACUUCGUUACAAUAACGUUGUAGCAGUUACUAAGGUACUAUAGUAGCACUAACAGCUACCACUGUAUCGCAGUCGUAGCAGUUACAAUAACUUGUGUAAAGCAGGGAUGAUAAAUGUUUUGUAGAUUUAGCCGUUUAAAAUCUUAUUCAAAAUGCCUAAACUAUAAAUAAUGAUGUAUAAGGGGCUGUCCAUAAAGUGCGUUUGGGUCCUGAUGGUGGAAAAACGGGUUGGGUGGGGGAGCCUUAGAAAGUUUUACAGUUUGUGAUAUGGGGAGGGGGGUCUUAGAAAGUGUGACAGUUUGUGAAUCGGGGAGGGGGGUCUUAGAAAGUGUGACAGGUUGUGAAUCGGGGAGGGGGGGUCUUAGAAAGUGUGACAGUUUGUGAAUCGGGGAGGGGGGUCUUAGAAAGUGUGAGAGUAUGUGAAUCGGGGACUUAGAAAGUGUGACAGUUUGUGAAUCGGGGAGGGGGGUCUUAGAAAGUGUGACAGUUUGUGAAUCGGGGAGGGGGGUCUUAGAAAGUGUGACAAUUUUUUAUUUGUGGGGUGAGGUUUAAAGAACAUAUGUGACGUCAAACAUUUUUUAAAAAAUCAUUCUUAGUUGCCCAGUCUAAUGUUUGUGUCUUUAGUUUUAGAUUCAAUCUAAACUGAGUUACAGCUUCAGUGAAAGAUUUUGACAAAAUGUUCAACUAGACUUCUAAGUCAUUUUAACAAUAAGACGUUAACCUUGUAAAAAUAAUUUAAUAGUGAAAUGUGUCUAAAAUUAGUUAUUAAUUUUUUCAACAAUUUUUUAAAGUUCAAAAGUGUGACAUGCUAUCUUUUUUUUUUUUCCUGGAAAAAAUGGGGGUGUCCGAGAAUUGUGAUACAUUGUGACCGGAGAAAAAAAAAAGAGGGGGGGGAGGGGUAAAAAUUGCACCCAAAAAAAGUGACAUACUUUAGGGACGGCGCCUAAAUAGCAGUGCCACCCGUGGUGGGACAAAAAUUUAAGCAGCCCCACUCCACGAAAAAAGCUCGGCAGUUGGCCGAAAAUGCCACCCCACCAUAAAAAAAAAGAAAAAAAUGCCGGGCCAGGUGCGAACUGUCCCAUCUCCGUCCCCACCCCAGUGGAUUUUCUCUAUUAAAUUCUUUGUUUCAAUUAUUAACUGCUACACAAUUCAGCUGUAUCAUACAGCCGUGGUUCUCAAACGUUUCAGUAUAACGCAUCGGCAGAACGUAUCUAACGUAUGAGAUGUUAGAGUCAUGCCAACAGGCUCGACGUGAAUGAUGGAUUUAAAGUGAACGGAUUGCAGAACAGCUGCCCAGACGGAAAGCGGCGAGUGAUGCACUCUGCGAAUCUCAGAGUGAAUUCUUUGUAUUGCUACGUUCUAUGCCUGACAUCGCAUGGAUAUUUCGUAGGAAUUCUUGUGUAUUGGAGAGGGGAGAGGGGGUCAAGGAUAUCGUUGAAAAAAAGGUAUGUGGAAGCUUGGUUUCAGAAACGGGACAAUGAGACAAGAACGUUCCGGUCUAAGAGCCUUCAUCAGCAGACAGGACAGAUGAUAGAAGGACAAGAACAAGAAACAAGUUAAAAAACUUAACGGAAUCGCUAUUUGCUAUACCCGGAAGUUGGAGUUUUCGAAACCAAGAUUACAGAGGAGCUCACCCAAAGAACAGUUGUAAAAUGCAAUAAAGAAAUGGCGUGUCUCAGUGUUGAAUCUACGGCUAACAUGAUUUUUGUAUUGGGAGACACACGAGUAGUGCACUUCGCCAUCUCAGCGGCCGAUUCAGGGGAGCCUCAUAAGACAAGUCUUUAUUGCGACCCGUUUGUUUCGCUGUGAACUUUUUAAAAUCACACAUGACCAAUCCACACAAAUCGAUUUACGUGUUUGCCAUUAUAUUUUUUAAGUAUUUACGAAGAGGAAUAGAUAAUUGAAGGAGCAUUAAAAUGAUGAGGGGGGGGGGAGGAGGAGGGGCAUCUUCUCUCGAACCCUUGAAUCAGGGAUUCUCAAGUCUCAAACUUUGUGAAUGGUAUAUCAAUUUAUUAAUUUUUUUUUAAACUGCUCUUCAUUUACCGCAAUGUUCCUGUUCUGUCAUCAGGACUAAGACAUGAUCAGUGUGUUGUCCUUUUUGUCCAAGCCGGAACACGCCAUUUAGUACCCGGUACCACAAAGUAGGAACCGCUGCUGUAAAUGGCUGGUAAUCACGUCAACACGUCCAUAGUAAGGUCACCACCCAUCUGCCUGGUAGUGGGCCUGAUUUUCAUUCGGCAGCCGUUAGUAAGAUGAGCAACCAUAUUCCAAGUUCACAAUAGUUUCAGUGAUUCUUAACCAGGUCUCAAUUUUGAGAGGGGUGUGGGGGUGGGUGGGUGGGUGGGGGUUCUUCCAAAUUAAUAAUGUAGGGCGUUGGGAUUUUUCAAAACUAAAUUUAUCAUAAAAAUGGCAGCGGCAUAUUUCACGGGUUAUAAAUAUUUAUUUUCUAAAAAGGGAUGGGCGAAAAUAUUAAUUAUCUUAAAAACAGUGGAGGUUGGGAGGGGGGGGGGAGCUGUUUAAAUUUAGAAUGGUUAAGAACCACUGAUCUAUUCUGUGUCCCUUGUCUGCAGACGGCAACACCCCAAAGGAGGCGCCAAAGUCGUCGUCGGCGGCGUCGAGGCAGAGCUGUAACCACGCCCAGUGCAACACGUCCCACUGCACGCUGAACAAGACGGCCAACUUCGACCGGCCGAGCGUCUCUUCAGUCUCCUCGCACCGAAACGACGGCUUCUUCAACGGCGACGGCUGCUCGGUGUCCAGCAUCAGCACCAUCACCAUGGCCGAUCUGAGCGUCAUGUCGGACAUCUCCUCUCUGUAGACUGAGAGGGCGAAGGAAAGUUAUCCAACAACGAACAAAAAAAAAAAAAAAAAAAAACAAAAAAAAUGACAACUGUCGUAGGUUAUGAUUUUGAUACAAAAUUUCAACAAAAAAAAUUAAAUGUUUUUUUUUUUUUAAAUACAUUUACCCCGCCCCUUUUUAUAUGUUCCACACAAAUAAAAAUACGAGACGAAACCUACUAAAAAAAAUAUCAAAAUGUUACGCAACAUAAUGAAUAUAGAAAUGUAAAAAAAAAGACAGCAACAUACAGUGCUUCCACAAGGAGCUAAUCUUUAGUUUUUGAGGGCAGAAGAGAAAAAAAGUCCAUUGCUAAGUACUAUGAUACAGA